GACCUGGGGGUCCCCGCGCCGUGAAUUGGGAACCCGUGGUCUGGCCUGCAUGUCUCCAAACUUUCACUUUAAGAAGGCGCGUCUACGCUGCAGUGUAGUGUGUUUAUUACAAUCCUUAAAGUGGCACAUGGAAACCCUACAGCCCAAGUCUUUUUUGUUAUUUAUGCGUGGCUUAAAAAAUAGACCAGCAAGCUGUUUGGCUCUUGUGCGUGAAAAAUGAUUUGGAGGCACGCAUCCGUGGAACACGAUCAGAAGUUUACGGUAAUGUUCCCGUAGGUUGCCUGACUAUUUUUAUCCAGCCAGUGGCGGUAGACAGCACCUAAAUGCGGCAGCGUAGGCUUCUAACUACGGCGCACAAGGGAAGCGAGGAGAGGAUCGGAGAAUUCAGAGAAACGGGUCGUGGGCUUUAGACGGGACAAGACAUGAAAUAGUCAGUGGUGGAGUCAUUCAAAGGUACAGCACAGAGGGACGCACGGAACGUGAAUGACAUGGAGGCACCGCCGGGGACCAGCUGCUGUGAGCGCACCUUGACCAAACGGGAGUAACCGAGCCGCAAAACGGAUUGGGAUGGCAGCAUCCAGUAACUCAAGCCUCUCAGGUUCAUCUCUUUCCUCUGACCCUGAGGAUUACCAGCCACCCAUAUGGAAGUCUUACUUGUACCAGCUACAGCAGGAGGCCCCAAGGCCAAAGAGGAUCACAUGUCCACAGGAGAUGGAGAGCAGACCCAAAUACUACGGCAGAGAAUUCCAUGGCAUGAUCUCUCGAGAACAUGCAGAUGAGCUGCUGGGGGGAGCAGAAGGUGCUUACCUCAUCAGAGAGAGCCAAAGACAGCCAGGGACACACACCUUGGCCUUAAGAUUUGGGCACCAGACCCUUAACUACAGGUUGUUCUACGAUGGGAAGCACUUUGUCGGGGAGAAGAGGUUCGAGUCAGUCCAUGACCUCGUGACAGAUGGCCUCAUCACCCUCUACAUUGAGACCAAGGCGGCAGAGUACAUAGCCAAAAUGACCACCAACCCCAUUUACGAGCAUCUGGGUUACACCUCACUGCUCAAAGACAAGAUGGUGCACAGGCUGAGCCGGGGACGUACAGAGCCGCGAAGGGUCACUUUCCAGAGAGAUGACAGGAUCACCUCCCCUCUGGUCCGGCGGAGUGCCUUGAAAGACAGUCCGGAGAAACAGUGCUCCUAUGAGAAGAUCCACAACUUCAAGGUACACACAUUCCGGGGACCACACUGGUGUGAGUAUUGUGCCAACUUCAUGUGGGGCCUCAUCGCCCAAGGCGUCCGUUGUUCAGAUUGUGGGCUGAAUGUACACAAGCAGUGCUCCAAACUGGUUCCCAGCGACUGCCAGCCAGACCUGCGCAGGAUAAAGAAAGUGUUCAGCUGUGACCUCACCACACUCGUCAAAGCUCACAACACAACCCGGCCCAUGGUGGUUGACAUGUGUAUUCGGGAGAUAGAGCUGAGAGGUCUGAAGUCUGAGGGUCUGUACCGAGUGUCUGGCUUCUCCGAGCACAUAGAGGAUGUGAAGCUCUCCUUUGACCGAGAUGGUGAAAAGGCUGACAUCAGCGCCGAUACCUACGCCGACAUCAACAUCAUCGCUGGUGCUUUGAAGCUGUACUUGAGAGAUCUGCCCAUUCCAGUCAUUACAUUUGACUUGUACUCAAAGUUUAUUCAAGCUGCAAAAAUUCCAAAUGCAGAGUCCAGACUGGAAGCCAUUCAUGAAGGCUUGCUGCAGCUCCCUCCAGCGCACUAUGAGACUCUGCGCUACCUGAUGGCACAUCUCAAGAGGGUGACAAUGUUUGAAAAGGACAAUUUAAUGAGUGCUGAAAACCUGGGGAUUGUGUUUGGGCCGACACUAAUGCAGCCACCGGAGCAGAAUGCCUUGGCAACCUUGAACGACAUGAGGCAGCAGAAGCUAGUAGUUCAGCUUAUGAUAGAGCAUGAAGAUGUCUUAUUCUAAGGACUGGGGCAUGCAGGCCUUACACCAGGAACGAAGGACAAUUAAUUUAUUCUAUCAAAAAGGAAAUUCAAGCCACCUUGAUUCUAAUGAAGUGUCAAAGCUGUUUCUAUUGUAAUCAAACAGAACUUGAAAUGCUUCUUUCUCGCAUGACUGUUUUAGUUGAAGUCAGCUUAGUAUUGACGUUAUGUCUUGUUACUGUCAGUUUAGAGUUUUCAUACUCAGCCAAGACCAUCAUUUUUUAUAUUAGGAAAGCCUCCGUUAUUUCUAACUACCUACAGUGCUGUUCCCUCAUUUGUGUCGCUACCAGGUGUAGACUCGGUCAUGACGAAAUCUGCUUCCAGGCAGAAUGUCUUAAAUGUGCAGGCACAUGUUGUAACCUGCGACGUCCUGGCACCGUGUAAACCAGCCCUGACAGUGCCAGUUGAGUGUAAGUUCCCAUACUGACUGGUCAAGUGUGUGCAUCAUUUGUGGUUUGUGGGAAUGCAGGUUAAAAUUUACAUAAAAGAGAAUGCAGAUCCUUUCACUUUAGUUCAAAGCAGAUCAUUUAAUGAUCAAUAUUUUUAACUGUGUAUUCAAAAAAAAAAUGAGAGAAGAGACAAUUGGUAGCUCAUGAAGCACUUUUUUGCAAAGAGUGUAUGGAUUUAUUUUGUAAAGAUGUUUUAUUUUUGUCUUUUAUUCUGCAUCAUGUCUUUUUGUCACUAUAAUAUAUGCUGUCGAGAGUGUUAUUUGUAAAUUGAUGUCAAAAUACAAACCUGUUCACAGAGGAGGUAGAGUCAGAAAAGUUACAAUUUGAACAUCCUUCAUUUUUAUUUUCAACACAUCCAGUGACUAUUUUGGGGAUGAAUCCAUUGGUGGAUUUAGUACUGGUCAUUUAAUUUCACAGGCUAUGCUGUAGCCCCUGCAACACAUGAGCAAAGCUACACUGUCCACCUAUUGGUUGCCAGUUUUGCCACAACGGUAUUUCAGUUUACAUGCUGUACUCUGGGAUGUUUUCAACUGAAAAAUAAGAUUUGGGCCCAAUAUAUGUUUUUUUUUUUUUUUUCAUGCCAGUACGGUAGCUCGGCACAGCUAUAGCCACUGUCUUCACCACUCCAUCGUAGAUAUCAGUAGUACUGUAGCUGUGCCGAGCAAAUCCCUGCCACAGUUGAUUUGAUGUAAUUAAGUGACUCCUUUCUACAAAUCCAUUUUAUCAAAUUGUAUUUUUGUGAUGGUUGCGAUAAAGAUUGUUAUUUAUCAAAUGAUGAUUUAUUAAAGGAUGUAAAACUUCCA